AUGCCCGGCGACACCCGGCGGACCCCAGGGCCCCCGAUCCCGGUGAGAUCCGCACCGGCACCGGCAGCCAGCGGAGCGGCGCGGGGGCUGCCGGGAAUGGCGGCGCCGCGGGGCGCGCUGGGACACGCCGGGAGCCGGCCCGUUCAAUCGCCCAGAGCAGGCCUCAGUGCUCGCGGGGAGCAGCGCGGGGCGAUGAGCCCAGAGCGCCGUGGUGCCGCGCCCAGGAGCGGGAACACCCUGUUCUCCGCCGGGGCUGCCUCCAGUGCACAGCCCGGACCCCAUGCACUGGACCCCGGCACCAGCCAGCGCCAGCAGGAAACUGCAACGAGCGACUCCCUGCGCAGCCACGCUGUUCUCUGCCGCUGCUUCAGAGCUUCUUGACAGACUGUAACCCGACACCCGGACACCCCACAGCUUCGGGCAUGGCUUCGGAGUUUCUGCUGCCUCUUGCUUGCUGUCCCGG